AACCGGCUGGGGUGCCAGCCUCCCUUACCCAGCCCAGUACCCGCCUCUCUCGGUCCCCGCCUGCGUGCCCCCCACCCCCGCGCCUGGGGCAGCUGACCCGCUCCUGCCGCUAGGGGGCGUGCCGACACGAGAGCGCUACAAUGUAACCCUUUCUACCCCGACCAAGCCCAAGGCUUCCCCCCCUCUGCCUCCGCGCCCUGGGCCGCCGGGGGACGCCAGUAGACCGUGUGACCCGUGGCGCUCAGAAUUCGAUCGCGGAACGUUCCCGGGAGCGGAGCAUUGUGACGUCAGCGCCCCCAGCCCUCGCCGGGUCCGGCCGGCCGACGGGGAGCCAUGGCGUCAGCGCGCCGGCCCCCGCUCUAGCUGAGCCCGGAGGCGGCGGCGGCGGCGGCGCGGAGGCCGAGGAGGAGGAGGGGGUUCCGGGGCCGGCCGGCAUGGAGCCGGGCGCCCCGGAGCUGCGGGUCGGCUGCCGGCUGCCGGUGCGGGUGGAGCAGAUCGUGAAUGUGGACACGCUCGUGGUCACCCUGAGCUGCGGCGAGCGGAGCUUCACGGGCAUCCUGCUGGACUGCACCAAAAAGUCCGGCCUCUUUGGUCUUCCCUUGUCUUUCCCGAAGCGAGAUGCCCCCCUGUCAGAUAGCUGCUCACGUUGGGACCCUUGUGAAGAAAAAGGAGAUGUUCAGGCCCCCGAGACCGUCCCGCUACCACCGCCACCUCAAGGAAAGCCCCCAGUGGCGGUGGUGGAUGGCCUCGACCCCGCCCCUCCCCUGGUGCCCCCCUUGCCCGCUGGGAGUGCGCCUCCUUUCCCUCCCUACUUUGAAGGCGCUCCCUUCCCCCACCCUCUGUGGCUAAGACAGACGUACAACCAGUGGGUUCCCCAGCCUCCCCCACGGACAAUAAAGCGCACCAAGAGACGGCUUUCUCGCAACCGGGACCCGGGCCGCCUGAUUAUGAGCACCAUCCGGCUGCGGCCACGGCAGGUGCUUUGUGAGAAGUGUAAGAACACCCUGAACCCCGAGGAGGGCUCGGCGAGCCAACCCAGCACCAAGCCACGACGGCGGCUGAGCGUGCCGGACAAGGAGCCCAAGAAGUCCGAGGAGCUGGACUACGAGGUGCCCAGGAACAAGCGGGAGAAGAGCGCCGCCGGGGAGCUGGUGCCACGCAGCCCGGUCAUCAAGAUCUCCUAUAGCACGCCGCAGGGCAAGGGGGAGGUCGUGAAGAUCCCCUCCCGCGUGCACGGCUCUCUCAAGCCCUUCUGUCCACAGCAGGCGCUGCAGAAUGGUGGCCAGGACCCAGAGGUGCAAGACGCGGGCUCUGGGGACCGGGCGGCCAGCGGCGGCCCGCCGGCUUCCAUCCCCAAGCUAAAGCUGACCCGGCCCGUGCCUUCGGGGGAGGCACCCCCGCCCAAGAUCCGCCUGAAGCCCCACCGGCUCCCACGUGGCGGCAGCAGCUCUGGAGGUGGCCAGAGCGUGUCCAUCUACAAAGCCGAGCUGAUCGGGGAGCUUAGCGAGUCCAACUCAUCGUCCGCCUUCUACUCAGAUGAGUCUUCGAGGCGGCGGCGGCGGCUCGCCACGCUGUCCUCCGGGAGCUCUGGCGAAGAGGACGACUUCACAAGGUUUCCGCAGGGCAAGGACCCCCAUGACAACCUGGCGUUCCUCAUGAAUUACAAGAGGAAAGCCGACUCGUCCAGCCUGUCCGUGUGCAGCAACGACAGCCUGGACGAGUCCAGCUCGGACGCCGCGUCUCCCGACGGCUGCGACUUCCUGCCCGGCGACGACGCUUCGGUGUCCUCCUCGUCCCGAGAGGAGCGCAAGACGGUGCCCCCGCUGACCGUGCGGCUGCACACGCAGAGUGUCCCCGAGUGCGUGACAGAGGACGGGAGGACGGUGGCCGUGGGUGACGUCGUGUGGGGCAAGAUCCCCGGCUGCCCGUGGUGGCCGGCCCGCGUGCUGGACCUCAGCCUGAGCCACAAGGAGGCCGGGGAGCCCCCCUGGAGGGAGGCCCGCGUGGCCUGGUUCGGCUCGCCUACCACCUCGUCCUUGGCUGUCUCCAAACUGUCUCCUUUCUCGGAGUUUUUCAAACUGAGAUUUAACCGCAAGAAGAAAGGCGUGUAUCGCAAGGCUAUUACAGAGGCCGCCAAGGCCGCCGAGCACCUGAGCCCGGACAUCAGGGAGCUCCUAAGCCAGUAUGAGACGUAACUCUGGCUCGGGGACCAGGUAACCGAUGAUGAGCGCCCAGCUGUUCUCCCAGAGUCUGACUUCUGCCAACAUCCUGCCGUGUUCCCCACAACAGCCUCGAGGAUGCCACCCGCAUGGGUGGGCAUCGGGGAGGGCUUCUGUCUGACUGCAGGAAAGGGAAGUGAGGGAGCCCUGGCCCCGAGAAGACACCGACUGGCGGCCCAGGAGAGCCGCCCUCACGCUCGGAAUGUAUUUAUUCUUCCUGAUUAAACUACCACGUUAGCUUAGAUCCUCGGGCCGAGAAGGUGCCCGGCCCAACGAGUUGCUGCUGCUGCUUUGAAGACCCCCCUGCCCCUCUGCCUUGGCGCCUCCUGGCCCACAGAGUGGGCAUCAGAGCCCAUGCCCCAGCUGCUGCCCCACCCCCGCAUGAUCAGGUCUUCCACUCCCGCCCCAGCCCCCGCCUGCCCCUCCCCGCUGGGCGCCGAGGCGGCCUGGAGCUCAGCCAAGCAGAGUGGACAGAUGGGGGUUGGGCUUUUUCCUCCUUUUGUCACUUUAAAGACCAAAAACGUGUGCGUGGAGCCCGUCGGCACCCACUGGUUUAACUGUACAAAGAUCCCAAAUAAAUCUGUGCAUCAGUCCA